CGCGCGGACCGGAGAGUCCGCGCUUUAUCUUUUCUUAAAUAACGGCUGUUUUGCGGUCUUUAUCGCCAUUAUCGAGACCGGCACUGACCAUUAAUCCACUCGGGAUUUAUGAGCCCGAUUUUUUGCCUCUUUAUGACUCGCUUCUCGACCCCUUUUUUCCAGGACGAUAGAAGCUCGUGCUCCGAUGACUCUGGCAGCGAUGUCUUCAGAAGCGUGCCUAGAAACCGAACUGCCUUUCUCGUAUGGAAAAUCGAGGGACUCCGAGCCGUCAGCGUGCCCAGAAACAAAAUGGGCAUUUUUCUGUCCGAAUCGGCUUACAUAAUCUACGCCGUGUCUUCGAAAGACGGGCCGCUUCCGUAUCCUGGUGUACCGGUGAAGGAAGUCAAGCCGAACAACUCCGUCCGGGCGAUUCACUUUUGGAUCGGCUCGUCGUGCGACUCGACCAUUUCCGGUGGCGCUGCGCUGCGAGCAGCGGAGUUGGAUUCGCAGGUGUCCGCGAGCGUAUUGUCGCGAGAGUCGGAGGGUCGGGAAACGGCCCGUUUGUCGUCGUACUUCCGGCGCGAAUUCGUCGUCGAGAGAAACCAUUUUGAGAGCCCGAGUUGCACGCUGCACCGGGUGACGGGGCUGUCGUUCCCGGUGCUGACGGAGCUGGAGGGCGUCGAGUGGAGCAACUUCGCGUCCCGCGACGUCAUCCUGCUGGACACGAAGGCGGGGGGAGUGUUGUUUCUUUGGCUGGGAUCGUCCUCGAGCGAAUUGCACAAACGGCACGGGGCGACGGUCGUGGAAUCGCGGAGGGAGAACAACAACUACCGGGUGGUCGUGGUCGAGGACGGUUACGAGAAAACGAUCGGGAAAGAGGACCGAAAGCUCUUCGAGUCCUACCUGGAGCCCGGCUCGAGGUCCGUCUUGCCGGAGGUCGGUAAAGUAGAAAUAUUCCCCAGUCCAAUAAAGCUGUACAAGUGCUGCGAACACUCGGGGAAGUACAAAGUCGCGGAGAUUAAAUCCGGACCGAUAUUUCGACGAGAUUUGACCUCCGAUUCCGUGUACCUCCUGGACCGCGGGGAAGCCGGGGUCUGGGCGUGGGUCGGCCGCCAAGUCGACGCCCGGGAGCAGCUCGAAGCGGUCAGGAACGCCAGAGGCUUCGUCAAGAAAAAAGGAUACUCUCCCGGCGUGCCAGUCGCCAGGGCACUCGAAGGAGAGGAACCCAGCGAGAUGAAAACACUCAUCAAGCUCUGGGACACCACGAGAAACCGACCACUCACCCUCCCCGCUAACUUCGAGCCUGACUACAUGACCGAGAGACCCAGAAUGGCCGCCGAAUGCCAGUUGCUCGACGACGGCAGUGGCGACAAAACUCUCUGGAGAAUCUGCCCCAAAAAUGGCCUUCUCGAGACCGAGGAUCGUGGCAUUUACUACGCAGGGGUCUGCUACGUCAUGUGCUACAAAUACGGACAGGGCAGACGAAGAAGAACCGUCAUCUACUGCUGGGAGGGAGCUCAUUCUUCUGGGAUCGACAGAGAGACAGCUCUGGAAGCAGCCUGUCGGCUUGCCGAAGAAACCGAUGCACAGCUCGUGAAAGCUUCGCAGGGCAGGGAGCCACCUCAUUUGUUGCAAAUCUACGGCGGAAAGUUGAGGAUUCUUGCCGGACAGCAUCAAGACUUUCCACCGAAGAAAUAUCUCGUUCGAGUUUUCGGCUCGACCCCCUACACCUCCAAGGCCUUGGAACGUCCCCUGAGAUCGAGCAGCCUCGAUUCCGGUGGUGUUUUCAUCCUCUUCUCUACGUCCCCCUACGUUUGGUGCGGGGGAAGAAGCACCGGAGAUGCGAGAGAGGCCUCGAGACGACUGGCUCCAAGCACCGCUCCUCUCGUCGCCGAGGGCAAGGAACACGAUGACUUUUGGCAACAAAUCGGUGGUCGCGGUAAUUACGGCACAGAGUCGAAAGAGGAUGAGGAGGAAUCGCAGAGGCAUUUGUACGAGUGUCGAGUAACGGAUGGGACGUUCAACGGGGAGGAAAUACUGGGAUUUACGCAGAGCAGUUUGUUGCCAGAAUCCUCGUGGAUUCUGGACGCUGGACGAGUCGUUUGGAUUUGGCUGGGAAAAAAUUCGUCGAUGAAAACGUACCGGGAGUGCGUGGAUGCCGGUACGAAAUUUCUGUACGGUCACCCGGCGGGACGCGAUCGAAACACGGAAAUUUCUGUGAUAAAACAGUCCCACGAGCCCCCGACCUUUAUCGGCCUCUUCGAGAACUGGAAUCACAACAACUUGCGAGAUUAUCGUUCGUUCGAGGCCUUCAGACGAUCCUUCGACGACCAACGAAACCACGACAAUUUGCUUCCUCAAAUGAAAGCCAAAAUCUCUAAUUUCGAUUCCCACCUCAAAUAUCCGCUGAGAAUCCUCAAAAAUGAGCCGGAAAACUUGCCCCCUGGGGUCGACGUAUCCAGGAAAGAAAUUCAUCUGACUUACGAUGAUUUUGUUGCCACUUUCAAAAUGAAUCCCGAUGAAUUUGACAAACUGCCCGAAUGGCGACGACAGAGGCUCAAACAAGCUGCUGGACUUUUCUAACUUCAUCGUUGCCCCCUCAGCCUUCAUCUUUUCUCCUGUAAUUAAGUGUAGAAUAGAUUUGUCAAUUAUUUUUGUUAUUCUAAGAAUCAACGAAUAAAAAAUCUUCCAAAAUAAAA